CUUACCUAUCAUUUUUCCCACAUGCGGUUUCCCUCGUUCCCAAGCCUCGUCCGCGCCUUUCACUCCAUUGCCAAUACCACGACCGCCUUUGUGCGAUCCAGCCCCGCCUCCACCCUCGGCCGCACCAUAUAUAGCUCGCCCCAGCGCGCUCUCGUCUACCGCUCCAUGCCAAACAUUCCCUUUCUAGGCGCCCUCUUCGGAUCCUCCAGCUCCAUGGCUGACAACACAAACUACCCCGUCCAGAAGCCCGAGGGCGAGUGGCAAGCUCAGCUCUCACCCGAGCAAUUCCGCAUCCUCCGCCAAAAAGGCACCGAGCCCCCGGGCUCGGGCAAAUACAACAAGCACUACCCGGAUGCCGGCGUCUACACCUGCGGCGGCUGCGCCGCGCCCCUCUACAAAGCCAACCACAAAUUCGAUUCCGGCUGCGGAUGGCCCGCCUUCUGGGACGCCAUCCCCGGCGCUGUCGGCCAGAAAUCAGACUCUAGUCUCGGCAUGAUGCGCACGGAGAUUGUGUGUAAUAAUUGUGGGGGCCAUCUGGGUCAUAUCUUCAAGGGAGAGCGGUUUGGCAAUCCAAAGGAUGAGAGACAUUGUGUUAAUAGUGUCAGUAUUGAUUUUAGUCCUGAGGAUAAGAGUUAGGUGUGGAUGAGUUGGGUGGGGGGAGACGGGGAUGUAGAUGUGGAUGAAAUGACAUGAAAUGAAUAGCGAGAUAAUUCCUAGUGUCAUAUUUCCAAAAUUUUGCUCCAGAUUGCUGCUUUUUUCCCGGUUUGUUAGAGUGGAUGUAAUCGGGUAUCGAGGAAUUUUGAGCACUGCUGUUUGGCGUACUAUUUACGAAAAAAGAAAAUGCAUAGCUGUAUAUUUAUCUACCACACAUACAACGACAAAGUAUACACUGGACGUCGUUCCUGCUAUUUAAGCCUUUUGCUUAACUAAGUGAAAUGAUAGUAAUUACAGUAUUA